CACAGAUCAUCAGAGCACUGAUGAUCAGUGUAGCCCCAGCAGUGCCACCUGUCAGUGACCAUCAGUGCCUACCAGUGUGCACAUCAAUGCCACAUAUCAGUGCCCAUCAGUGUGUGCCGCCAGUCAGUGCCACCCAGUGCAAUGCCAGUCAGUGCCACCUAUCAGUGCUGCCAAUCAGUGCCACCUAUCAGUGCCGCCAGUCAGUAUCAGUGCCGCCAGUCAGUGCCGCCUAUCAGUGCCCAUCAGUGAUGCCUGUCAAUGCCUAUCAGUGCCACCUACCAGUGCCUCCUCAUCAGUGCCCAUCAGUGCCACCUAUCAGUGUCCAUCAGUGCAGCUUAUCAGUGCCCAUCACUGCAGCCUCAUUAGCGCACAUCAGU